UGAAAUUGGCGAAUCCUAAAACUAUAGAGUAUCAGGUCGUUCGUACCUCGCUCUUGCCAGGUAUAUUGAAAACUGUGAGAGAAAACAAAAAACAUGCAUUGCCAAUUAAAGCUUUUGAAGUAUCCGAUGUG